GCACGAGUCCUUGAGAAGCUCUUGUAGAGACAGAGAGAGAAAGCAAGAGACACCGUCCUGGGAAAGUCCUGCUGGGUCUCUAGACAAUUAUAAAAAUGUGUCCCCCGAGUCAGUUGUCCAACCACCUCACCUCCAGCAUCCAGCUGUCCCUGCUCAGUGCCGGCCCAACAUGUGUCCAUCACGCUGCCUCCUCUUUUUGGCCAUCCUUGUCCUCCUAAUCCACCUCAGUUUGGCCAGGGCCACACCAGUCUCCAGACCUGCCCAGUGUCUUGACCACUCCAAAAACCUGCUGAGGACCACUAAGCACAUGCUGGAGAAGGCCAGACAAACUUUGAGACAUUAUCCCUGCACUCCUGAAGACAUUGAUUAUGAAGACAUCACUGGAGAGAAAACCAGCACACUGAAGGCCUGUUUGCCACUGGAACUAGCCAAGAAUGAGAGUUGUCUGGCUUCUGGAGAGACUUCUUCCAUAACAAGAGGGAGCUGCCUGCCCCCUGAAAAGACUUCUUUGAUGAUGACCCUGUGCCUCAGUAGCAUCUAUGAGGACUUGAAGAUGUAUGGGACAGAGUUCAAGGCCAUCAAUGCAGAGCUUUUGGAUCAAAAUCAGAAGCAGAUCAUUCUGGAUGAGAACAUGCUGGCAGCCAUUGAUGAGCUGAUGCAGGCUCUGAAUCUCAAUGGUGAGAUUCCGCCCCAGAAACCUUCCCUGGAAGAAGCAGAUCCUUACAAAGUGAAAAUUAAGCUCUGCAUCCUCCUUCAUGCUUUCAGCAUCCGUGCUGUGACUAUCAACAGAGUGAUGAGCUAUCUGAAUGCCUCCUGAAAAGCUCAAGUCCCUCCCCCUUAGCGCCCUUUCUACAAAAAUAUGAACCAAUGAAAUUUUAGUAAGAGGUGGGUUGAGAACCAGGAAGUCUUGGCCUGGUUGAACUAAAGCUCCUGGCACAUUCUCACAGCCCUAUCGAAGGUGGCACAGCUACCUCAGCAUGGUUCCCUCAGUCACGUCUCUCGUAUUUACUAUGCACAUUGUUAAGUUUUCAUGGAAAUGCUCCAAAGGAGAGAAAAUGUCCUUCCCAAAUGUGUCAGCAGUAGACCAAGAACUGAUAAGCUAUUCUUUUUGUAAAGUGUUUCUGAAAACACUCAUCACCACUUAUUUAAAAGUAUUUAUUGUUAUAUUUUAUAUUCAUGA